AUGGAAAACACUACAGCGAAACAUGCAACCAUCAACAAUCCAGCUGACAUCAGUGUAAUCGUUGGCUACUUCAUGGUGGUUAUUGCAGUAGGAAUUUGGUCUACAUUUAGGACUAAUCGUGGCACAGUAAGCGGCUACUUUCUUGCAGGUCGGACCAUGGUAUGGUGGCCUGUGGGAACUUCUCUUUUUGCGAGCAACAUCGGCAGUGGUCAUUUUGUUGGUCUUGCAGGAACAGCAGCUGCAAGUGGAAUCGCUGUCGGGGGUUUCGAAUGGAAUGCAUUAUUUAUUGUUUUGUUGCUGGGCUGGGUGUUCGUCCCUGUUUAUUUAACUGCAGGGGUGAUUACAAUGCCUCAGUAUCUCAAGAAAAGAUUUGGAGGGACUAGAAUUAGCUUGUAUCUCUCUGUCAUUUCACUUUUCCUUUACAUCUUCACAAAGAUUUCCGUUGACAUGUUCUCAGGAGCAGUUUUUAUACAGCAGGCUCUUGGCUGGAAUAUCUAUGUUGCAGUGAUUGCCCUGCUCUGCAUAACAGCACUCUAUACAGUCACAGGAGGACUGGCUGCAUUGAUGUAUACAGAUACUGUCCAAACCUUUGUUAUCAUUGCUGGAGCCUUCAUCCUCAUGGGAUUCUCCUUCUAUGAAGUUGGAGGAUACAGUGCUUUACUGGAUAAAUAUAGUUUAUCUUUGCCAUCUCAGAGGAGUUUUAACAUCUCUGAACAAUGUUACACUCCACGCGAGGAUGCCUUUCAUUUACUUAGAGAUCCCACGACUGGGGACCUGCCAUGGCCCGGCGUGUUAUUUGGCAUUGCAAUUAUUGGUAAUGUAUAUUACAUUACAUUAUGUAUUCUACAGGUAAUUGUGCAGCGCUGUUUGGCUGCCCGCAGUCUGACGCAUGUAAAGGCCGGAUGUAUAUUGUGUGGGUACCUCAAACUACUCCCUAUGUUUCUCAUGGUGUUUCCAGGCAUGAUCAGCAGAGUGCUUUACCCUGAUGAAGUAGGUUGUGUGGAGCCAAGAAUCUGUACGAAAGUGUGCGGCACAGCAGUUGGCUGCUCCAACAUUGCCUACCCCAAACUAGUGGUUUCCAUAAUGCCAACAGGUCUCAGAGGUUUAAUGUUGGCAGUCAUGUUGGCAGCUCUCAUGAGCUCACUAGCCUCAAUCUUCAACAGCAGUAGCACCUUGUUUACCAUGGACAUUUGGACUCGUAUUCGGCCUCAAGCUAGAGAUAAAGAGCUCAUGAUUAUAGGAAGGUUUGUAACACACUGCCUGUGUAAGAGUGUUGAGGUAAUUGUGCAGCGCUGUUUGGCUGCCCGCAGUCUGACGCAUGUAAAGGCCGGAUGUAUAUUGUGUGGGUACCUCAAACUACUCCCUAUGUUUCUCAUGGUGUUUCCAGGCAUGAUCAGCAGAGUGCUUUACCCUGAUGAAGUAGGUUGUGUGGAGCCAAGAAUCUGUACGAAAGUGUGCGGCACAGCAGUUGGCUGCUCCAACAUUGCCUACCCCAAACUAGUGGUUUCCAUAAUGCCAACAGGUCUCAGAGGUUUAAUGUUGGCAGUCAUGUUGGCAGCUCUCAUGAGCUCACUAGCCUCAAUCUUCAACAGCAGUAGCACCUUGUUUACCAUGGACAUUUGGACUCGUAUUCGGCCUCAAGCUAGAGAUAAAGAGCUCAUGAUUAUAGGAAGGGUGUGGAUACUCUGCAUUGUCGCCAUUAGCAUUUGUUGGAUCCCAGUUGUCCAGGCAGCCCAGAGCGGUCAGCUGUUUGAUUAUAUUCAAUCUGUGACUAGUUACUUAGCUCCACCUAUUGCAGCAGUCUUCUUCCUUGCAAUUUUUAUGAAGAGGGUCAAUGAGUCAGGGGCCUUCUGGGGUCUGAUGGGAGGACUGGUUAUGGGUCUGUGUCGUAUGGUACCCGAGUUUUCAUAUGGCUCAGGAACCUGCCUUAUUCCCUCCAACUGCCCAAAACUUAUAUGUGGAGUUCAUUACCUUUACUUUGCAGUGCUGCUCUUCUUCUGCACUGCUAUCCUGGUGCUUUUUGUAAGCUACAACACUCCACCCAUAGAGGACAAACAUCUCCAUCGACUUGUCUUUACCUUACGCCAUUCUAAAGAAGAAAGGGUCGAUCUGGACUGGGAAGAGGAGGAACGAGGAAGAAAAGCUCGACGAGAGGCAGAUGAAAAGAAAAAGGUCGUAGCUGAGGAGGAUCAAAUUGAACGUGGUGACCGAUCCAUAAUGAUGAUGAUUAUUGGCUGGUUUUGUGGCAUAAGUGAUACUCAGGCUCCAGAGCCCACAGAGGAGGAAGUGACUGAAGCAUCAAAACAAUUACCUGACAUAAGUGAAGACCCACUGUGGAAGAAUUUGGUCAAUGCUAAUGCUCUAAUAAUGAUGUCUGUGGCUGUUUAUUUUUGGGGUUACUAUGCAUGAGGGCAAAAAACAAUGAUCAUAGUAUAUAAUUCAGUGUUUCCCAACCCUGGUCUUGG